UUAUAUUAUAGAAUAAACAGUCACUGUUCUUAGAUUUUAAAAUUCAAUUCUAAAUUCUUUAGUUUAAAAAAUAUCAUAUAAAAUGUCGGCAGAUAGCUCGCCGAUAAAAUCUUCAAGAUCUCUGAAUAAAAUUGAAACAGUGGAAGACUUUGAAAAUCAAGACACAUUGUUAAAACAUGUUGAUAUAUCGAUUGUGGAGUCUGAGAAGCGAGCUAACGGCACCUUGCAUGUGCGAGAUCAUUACACUGUAUAUUUAAUCGAUCUCAAAGUUACAGAUCCUGAAUACAAUAUAGUGCAAUCAAAAAUCAGUACUAUAUGGAGAAGAUACACCGAGUUCGAGCAAAUUCAUGACUAUUUACAGGUUACAUAUCCACAUGUAGUAAUUCCACCUCUGCCAGAAAAAAGGGUGUUGUAUGCAUGGAGGAAAUCAGAUACAACAGAUCCCGAGUUUGUUGAGAGAAGGCGGGCUGCACUGGAGAAUUUCUUACUAAGAGUGGCCUCGCACCCCAGACUGUGUUUUGACGAUCAGUUUAUCAAUUUCCUUCAACAGGAACAUGGAUGGAGAGAAACUAUCACGGACAGUGGAUAUCUCUUACAAGCGGAGAACAAAUUAAAAUCAUUAUCAGUAUCCAUAAGACUGAAGAAGCCGGAUCCAGAGAUAGAGAGUGUUAAAAAUUAUGGGAAACAACUUGAAACUAAUUUAGGAAAUUUUCUAUACACAAGAUCAAAAAUUAUAGAAAAAAAUUACGCCCUAUGUAAGCUACAUGCUAACUAUGGCAAACUGUUCAGUGAGUGGAGUGUUAUAGAGAAAGAGAUGGGCGAUGGAUUACAAAAGGCUGGACAUUAUUUUGAUUCAAUAGCGGAUUCCAUAGACUCAGUGGCGGAAGACGAAGAGCAAUUAGCAGAUCAGCUUAAAGAGUAUUUGUUCUACGCUGCAGCGCUGCAGCAACUGUGCGCUAACCAUGAAGCGCUGCAGCGGGCGCUGGAAAACGCCCAGGACGCUCUCAAUAACAGGAUAUCUGAGCGUGGUCGUGCGGCUGCCGGCAAGUCUGGCAUCAUGUCUCGCUUGUUCGGUACCACCGAACCCGACAUAGUACGCGACCACGCCACGAGAGCCCUCGACCACAAGAUACACACAGACAGAGACAAUAUCGACAGAGCCAAGAGAGAUCUUGAAGAAUUUACCAAAAAGGCUAUGGUUGAGAUUGAAUACUUCCAAAAACAAAAAGAUAAAGACUUGCACGAGUCGCUUGUUGCCUUCAUAACACUACAAGUAAAAGCAGCGAAAAAGAAUUUGCAGGCAUGGACGCAAAUCCGUGAAUGCAUUCAAAACAUGCCAUGAACACAAACCCACCGGCGGCACCUUAUUUAUAUGAGCACUUUUGUAUCAAGCAACGGAAAUAUAAGUUCAAUUGUCUAAGUAGUUUCGAAGACCAAAAUUUAUAUUAUUUGAGCUUUAAAUUCAUAACAGAGAUGGCGUUGUUAAUGUAUUUAGAAAUGUUCGCGUAUUUAAUUCAGUCAUAUUCAUUAAGCUAAGCGACCUCUAUAGGAAACAUUGUACAGUUUUUGAAUCAUAUUUUCACUUAAUUAUACAUAAUGUAAAUAUUUAUUCGUCGGUUUUUUUUUAAUGUUAAAUUCCAUCAAUACCUUUUAUAUAUUAGAAUUCGUAAUGUAUACAAAUAUAUAAUAUAACAACA